AUGUUUCGCAACAGGAGAACGUCGCAAAAGCCGGACGAAGAGCUUAUCAGCAAGUUCAAAAAGACAUUUCCCGAUGUCAAUUCAACAGGCUCACUGUCCGGCGAUAGCAGGCAUGGCUCUAUUAAUCCCGCUGCUGUAGAAGGAGGGCUUCCUGUACAACCCGACGAAGAUGAGAUCAAAGCCAACGAUCCAACUCCCAGGAACCUUCAAGACCUCCGUUUUACGCCGUCCUUAAUGGAUCCAAACUCGUUCCAGUUCAUGGCAUUAGCAAAUCAACCACCAGGCUAUUAUACGCCUACACCUGGAGGAAUGACGACAAUAUAUCACCACCAGGCCGGUGACCUUCACACACCGCUUGGCUACAAUCUUGUCACCCCUAUUUCUAUACCGAACACGCUUUCCGCCGGCUUCCCGGCCGGUCCUAAUGGCGAAUUGCAUGUUAACCAUUUCCCCGCCCAGCAGCCACAGUUCAUGCCACAAAACUACAACCCUUUCGCUCAACAAACAACCUUUGCGCCGCCGAGUGCGUUUGUGCAUCGAGAUUCUAUCUACGACCCUAUGGACGGAUCAGAGGCAUCGUCGUCACUAGACCAGCUGACGGUACCGAGUGCUCAAUCGCUGAAUAUGAUGAUGCCCAGCGUCGGAUUUGCGGAUCAAAUGGAAGUGAAUUCGGAAACAGAUGGCGAGAAAUUCCGAUUUGGCGUCGCCUUACGCGCUCCUACGGCCAUGGUGAAGCAUGCAGAUGAAAUUCCCGUGACUUAUCUGAAUAAGGGUCAAGCAUACUCAGUAUCGGUUGUUGACAAUUCACCCCCUCCACCGGGUACUCAACUCCGCAAGUAUCGAACCUUCAUCCGUGUUUCGUUUGAAGAUGAACAGCAACGAUCCAAGCCUGCUACCUGCUGGCAAUUAUGGAAGGAAGGGCGUGGGUCGAGUGAAGCCCAUCAAAGAGGCGGGAAGUUGCUGGCAGUAGAAUACGUGGACCCCAACCAGAAUACAGACGUCGACCAGAAUCAAUGCCACGUUGAGCUGGAAAAGGCUUCGUUCGAUGGUUUCUGUGUCACGUGGACGGCGAACUCUGCGAGCGCUUCCGCGGACUGUUCAAUCUCAGUGCGUUUCAACUUCCUCUCGACCGACUUUAGCCAUUCCAAGGGUGUCAAAGGUAUACCUGUCCGAUUCUGCGCCAAAACCGAAAUACUUUCUCCGAACGACCCGACGUCGACGACGCCUGAUCUGCCGAUAUCCGAAGUAGCUUAUUGCAAGGUCAAACUCUUCCGAGACCAUGGCGCCGAACGAAAGCUUUCCAACGACGUUGCCCACGUCAAAAAGACGAUGGAGAAAUUAAAACAACAAAUGGCCCAACUUGAGAUGGGUGGAGGUAAUUUUGGCAAACGCAAACGUAAUAAUGUAAAUGUCUCGAUUAGAGAAUCUGACAAUACUCGCCCAGUCAAAGUUCCAAAGCAUAAACGAACGUGGUCGAUGGAAUCGCAAGAAAACGGCGGCAAGCUCUCUCCGGAAGACGACCUCCAACUGAAAUAUACGAUGAUGCAAGACAUGUUUUCGUCCACCCGCCCCGUUAGUGUACUCAGCCUUCGAGGUGACGAUCAAGAUGACCCCGAUUUGUUCCCCGUCGUGUUACCCGGUGAUCUACAAGAAUUCAAGUUCGAGCGUCUCUCCCGACAGAGCACUCGCGAGUCACUUUACAGCAACGAUGCAGCUUCCGGCGUGUCCAAUAUUCUUUCCCCUACCACCAGCAGUUUCUCUAAUGCCAAUUCCCCACGACGGCCGAGUCACACUUUGAUGAGUCAGGAAGAAGGCAUGGAAUGGGCCAAUCCCAAUCUGAUCAACCAACCUGUGAAGGUGAAGAAAGGCACGACAGGUUACAUCGAGGCUAUCGACAUCGACCCAACCUACAGGCCCCCUGCAGAACGUCCUCCCAAACCAAUUGCGUGUUUUUAUAUUCGAUUCCCCGAUGAGCAAAACGGCGAUUACUACAGAGCAGUCUAUCUAACGGAGAGGACAGUUCGGGAUCUCAUGACCAAGAUAUCAGAGAAAUAUAAGAUUGACCCGGAUCGCAUUGUUCGUGUAUUGCGUGUUAGUCGAGACGGCCUCAAGAUUAUGGUGGACGAUGAUGUGGUUCAACAACUGCCUGAGGGACAGGACAUGGUAGCCGAAAUCACCGAGGCGUCGAAAUUGGAGGUUACCACACCGGACAUUAAUACUCCGCCAACAGCGGCGGUGGAAGUAAAAUUGACUUACUAGGAUGGCCACUGCGAUGAUUUCAUCAACACAAAAAACAUCACCUGAUCAAUAAUGAAACCUGCAAUACCAAUUACAGCGGCAUCGCCACAUUCUUCUCCAGAACUCGGUUGACCCGACCAUUUGAUCCGUUUUUCUGCAUGUCGAUACCAAAUUUCAUCUAAUUCAUAUGACGUUUAAUGGUGAUUUCAACUUUGCGGCGUCUUGACGUUUUCUUUUUACUACCGUUAUUUUCGACUAAUCUCCAUUCUACAACUUCACGAUUAGCCGGCGACACUUCUUUUUGUCUUGUCAGGUCCCGGAGAAACAUGCUUUUUUUUUUUUUUUUUCCUUUUGGUGCGUGGCCUGGUUUGUGUUUUUCGUUGAGUCUUAAAACCAUGAACACGUGUUUUAAUACGGCGUCUGGGUGCUACUUUUUUUUUUAUGGGCGUUGAAUACGUGGACAAUACACGAGUCCUCGGGCAAUGAUACCCUGUCGUUUUUAGUUUCGAACAUUUCUUCCCUUCUUGCCUACACUUGAUGCUUGACUGUUAUUUUAUAGUUGCUACCUGCAUUUCUGCGAAAACGCGAUAUACACAUGUGGUGCUGUCUUACGAAGGCUAUGAAGGCGAUAAACGGGUCUUCAUGCGAUUAUGUCGGAAUGGUGCACUAUACAUGAGCGCAUUGUUCAUUUUCUGCGUGGUUUUUAUUGACCCUUCUGGUCAAUGCUAUUCUUUUUGAAUGGAACACAUGGUGCGAAGUACACGAAUAUCUUGCGUGUUCUAUUUACUGAAAACUCUACUCCCUUCGAAUUGGUCAGGUCAGUUUUGUACAGAAUUGUCCUGGCCUUCAAGUCUUGUGUGACUUAACAAUACCCGUCAAAGAUGUUGUACCAGCAGUUUGAUCCGAGUCAU